CGCGGAAAGGUCCCAGGCCUGGACUGAGCGCCGGCGUUGCGGAGCUACGGGAUCGGUUGGAAAUGGCAGAGGUGGAGGAGACACUGAAGCGACUUCAGAGCCAGAAGGGAGUACAGGGCAUCAUCGUGGUGAACACAGAAGGCAUUCCCAUCAAGAGCACCAUGGACAAUCCCACUACCACACAGUAUGCCAACCUCAUGCACAACUUCAUCUUGAAGGCCCGGAGCACCGUGCGUGAAAUUGACCCCCAGAAUGACCUCACCUUCCUUCGAAUUCGCUCCAAGAAAAAUGAAAUUAUGGUUGCACCAGAUAAAGACUAUUUCCUGAUUGUGAUUCAGAAUCCAACUGAAUAAGCCACUCUCUUGGCUUCCUGCGUCAUUCCUUAAUGUAAUAGCCCCUAAGAGUGAUAGUAUUAAUCAUGUCAACCAACUAGCAGGUGGAAAUCACCUGAGAGCCUACUUAGA